AAAAAAUUAAUGGUUUUAUUAUUUGCUUUAGUUUAUAUCGAGGUAGAUAAUGGGAAAUACAGUGUCAGCUGCUGAAUAUGCAGCAAAACAAAUAUUACAUUCACCCCAGAAUAAAGAAGAAAAUGAUACUGCCAAAAGAAAACAUGAUCAUAGCAUGCACACUACAAAUCAAGAGAUACCUCCUGGUUGUCCGUACCAUCAAGAUAAACAACAUUCUGACAAAAGUAACUCUGAAGAAAUUAAUCCUUAUAAUAUGAUGCCUCGAGAGAAUCAGAACCGCGCUCCAGGCCAACCAUUUCCAUUAUCAACCGAAAGACAGAUCUCAAAUAUUCCAAAGGCUGUUGUGAAAGAUGGAGAAAUGCCAUUUUGGGUUUAUCCAAGUCAGCAAAUGUUUUGGAAUGCUAUGUUAAGAAAAGGUUGGAACUGGAAAGAAGACAAUUUGAAACCAGAAGAUAUGGAUAAUAUAAUUAAAAUUCAUAAUGCAAAUAAUGAACAAGCUUGGCUUGAAGUACUUAAAUGGGAAGCUUUACAUGCAAAUCAAUGCAUGACACCAAAAUUGAAAAGUUUUGGUGGUAAAGCAAAGGACUACAGUCCAAGGGCUAGAAUUCGCUGGUGGCUAGGAUAUGAAUUGCCUUUUGAUAGGCAUGACUGGAUUGUAGAUCGAUGUGGUAAAGAAGUAAGAUAUGUAAUUGAUUAUUAUGACGGUGGAAAACUUGAUGAUAAAUUCCAAUUUGCUUUAUUGGAUGUACGACCUGCAAUGGACAGUUUUGAAAAUAUUUUGGACAGAAUUAAAGUAGCAUGGUGGAGAUGGAAAUAUAGUAAUGAAGAAAGUUAAAAAAAAAAAUUAUGGCUGUAAAA